AAUUCAUCCUAAAAUUGAAAUCAAAUCUUUGCUGCUUCCCCUGGAUUCCCUUCCUCCUGCGAAGCAUGUUUGAGAGCUUCUCAAUAGCGGGAAAUGGAAUUUAAGAGAAGUGCCCUUUCUUCUUCAUUCUCCUUCUUCAACAAAUUCAGCCGGAGAAGAAUAUACUCUGUUGCUCCUUCUUCGUCCUCUUCCCUGCGUUCAUUUCACUCCCCCCCUGCACUUGUUUCUUCUUCACAUCGAAUCCGCCUUCAUUCUUCUAGAUAUGAUUUCGAUUCAGUACAUGAUUUAGACCACGCCCACGAACUGUUCGAUCAAAUGCUUCGCGCCCGACCCUUUCCUUCCAUCGUCCAGUUCACCAAGCUGCUUAGCAGAGUUGUGAAGAUCAAACAUUAUACGGCUGCUGUUUGCUUCUUCAAAGAACUGCGCGUCCGCGGUGUCCCCGUGGACGCCCAUUCCUUAACCAUUCUGAUUGAGGCCUUCUGCCUCUCGAAUCGGGUGGGGUACGGGUUUUGUGUUCUUGGGAUGUUCUUCAAGUGUGGAAUUGAUAUCGAUGCGGUGGCAUCCAACACCCUGAUCAAGGGUCUUUGUCUGGGUAAUAACAUUGUUGAGGCCGUAGGGCUAUUCAAGAAGUUGGUUAGGGAAGAGUUGUGUGAAUUUUACGAUAUCACUUAUAAUGUUCUUAUGAAUGGGCUUUGCAAGGCAGGUAAUACUCAAACUGCUCUAAAUGUACUCGUAGUGAUGCAAAAGGAGGGGCCUGAGCCUGAUCACGUAGCAUAUAACACUGUUAUUAAUUCUCUAUGCAAAGAUGGAUUGGUAGAUCAUGCUCUUGACCUUCUCUCUCAGAUGACAGAAAGAGGGGUUUCCCCAAACAUCAUCACAUACACUUCAUUGAUUCAAGGGCUCUGCAGUUUUUGCCGAUGGAGAGACGUUACGAAGUUGAUGAAUGAGAUGGUGCAGCAUAAUGUGUAUCCAAAUGUGUGUACGUUCAGUAUAUUAGUGGAUGCCUUUUGCAAGGAGGGGAAGCUGAAAGACGCCGAAGCUGUAAUUCAAAUCAUGAUUCAGCGAAACGUGUAUCCGAAUGUGGUAACUUACAAUGCUUUGAUUGAGGGGUAUUGUUUGCAAGGGCGGAUGGAUGAUGCUCGGAGAGCUCUUGGUCGGAUGAUAGACAAAGGCCUUCAUCCUGAUCCUACGAGCUAUAACACGAUAAUUAAUGGAUAUUGCAGAAGAAAAGAAAUGGAUGAGGCCUUCCAUCUUUUUCAUGAAAUGCAUCAGAAAGGGCUCUAUCCUGAUGCUGUUACAUACACAAUAAUGUUGCAAGGGCUGUUUCUGGCGGCCCGAUGUGAUGAUGCUCUAAAUCUUUUCCAGGAUAUGCAACUUUCUGGAAAUGCACCCAAUUUUCACACUUAUUGUGUCUUACUUACCGGUUUGUGCGAGAACAGACGUAUUGAAGAGGCAAUGUCAGUCUAUAGUAAGUUAGUCAGUAACGGGAAAGGUUCUCAUGCUUUUGGUAGCAUCAUGAUAGAUGCGUUGUGCAAGAUGGGGCUACUCAAUAUCGCACGUGGCGUAUUCAGUAACCUCAUCUUUAAAGGUCAAGACGUAAAUGCGUAUACGUACAAUGCAAUGAUAAAUGGACUCUGUAGAGAGGGGCUAACAGAAGCAGCCUUAGGCUUGUUAAGGAUAAUGGGCGAGGGUGGUUGCUCCUCACCGAAUACCAUCACUUACACGGUUAUUUUGCAAGAAUUUGUUAGAGCUAAGAAAUGGGAUGAGGCAAAACUGCUCUUGGAUGAAAUGGCUGGGAAGGGCAUUUCUCCCGAUGGUCGCAUGUUGUCCUUGAUGAAUGACUUGCUUGCCCUUGGAACCGGAGAUGAUGCAAUUGUGAAGAUGAUCUAAUAGUUGCUUGCAGAGCUGAUGAACAAUCAGUGAAUUGUAUUAUGGAAUGUUUGCACCACUUCCAGGAGACUACAGCCCUUAUUACUGGAAGAAAAUGCUGAGCACCAGAGGGGAUUUCUCUGGGAUGAAUGUGAAUAAAGGUUACACAGGGUU